CCUGUUUUGGCUCCUUCUGUGGCGGGAGAUUGCAGCAUGGCGGUGCAACCGAAGCAAAACCAGAACCUGUCUCUGGACAGCGCGGCCGAAACCGGCUUUCUGAAUUUCAUUUUUUCCAUGAAGGAGAAACCUGACACAACUUUCAGGAUAUUCGACCGAAACGACUACUACACCGUCCACGGAAAGGACGCCAUAUUUGCGGCCAAGGAGGUUUUUAAGACUAACGGAGUCAUCAAAUAUCUGGGUUCAGGGACUCGCAAGCUGGAGAGCGUGAUCCUGAGCAAGCUGAACUUUGAGGCCUUUGUGAAGGACCUGUUGUUGGUGAGGCAGUACAGAGUAGAGGUCUACAGGAAUCACAGCAAGAGCAGCAAGGAGCAUGACUGGAGGAUCGAGUACAAGGCCUCUCCUGGAAACCUGACCCAGUUCGAGGAUAUUCUGUUCGGUGGUGGAACCGGGGGGGAGGGCUGCGCGGGAGUGGUUGCCGUGCGCUUCGCGACGGGAGCCGAUGGCCAGCGAGUGGUCGGCGUCGGCUAUGUUGACGCGGCUCAGAGGACCAUGGGGGUGUGCGAGUUUCCAGACAAUGAGAUCUUCUCCAACCUGGAGUCCCUGCUUGUCCAGAUCAGUCCCAAAGAGUGUCUCCUGGCUCAGGGUGAAUGCAGCAGCGAUGUGAACAAGCUGCGGGAGGUGGUCCAACGUGGCGGUGUGCUGGUCUCCGACAGAAAGAGAGCUGAGUUUAACAGCAAGGAUAUCGUCCAGGACCUUAACAGGCUGCUGAGAUCUAAGAGGGGAGAUACUGUGGCGAGCAACACGCUGCCCGAACUGGACAAGCAGGUUGCCAUGUCUUGCUUGGCUGCGGUGGUGCGAUUCCUCGAGCUCCUCUCUGAUGAGUCCAACUUUAACUCCUUCAGCCUCACCACGCUGGAGCUGGGUCAGUACAUGCGGCUGGACAACGCCGCCGUCAGGGCUCUCAACCUUUUCCAGGGUUCGCCUGACGACACCAGUGGAGCGCAUUCAUUGGCUGGUUUGUUGAACAAGUGUCGUACGCCUCAGGGUCAGCGGCUGGUCAACCAGUGGAUCAAACAGCCACUUAUGGACAAAGCUAAGAUAGAGGAAAGACUAGACCUCGUGGAGAGUUUUGUGUGCGACUCAGAGCUGAGGCAGACUUGUCAGGAGGAUCUUCUGCGACGGUUCCCAGACCUUCACCGCCUGGCCAAAAAGUUUCACCGCCACACAGCCACACUGCAGGACUGCUAUCGCGUCUACCAGGCUGUGAGUCACAUUCCUGCUCUCGUCUCAGCCUUGGAGAGAUACUCAGGCAGCUACAAGGUGCUUCUCCUCGCCGUGUUCGCCUCGCCUCUCGCAGACCUGCAGACAGAUUUUAUCAAGUACCAGGAGAUGAUUGAAACCACUCUGGACAUGAAUCAGAUUGAGCACCACGAGUUCCUGGUUAAAGCCUCAUUUGAUCCUGUCCUGAGCGAGCUCAGAGAGAAGAUGGACGCACUGGAGAAAAGCAUGCAGGCUGUACUAAGCGGAGCAGCCAGAGAAUUAGGCCUGGAAGCUGGAAAGACCGUGAAGCUGGAGUCUAACGCUGUGCAUGGCUUCUACCUGAGAGUCACUUGCAAGGAAGAGAAGAGUCUAAGGAACAACAAGAAGUUCACCACCCUGGAUGUUCAGAAAAAUGGAGUUCGCUUCACAAACAGCAAGCUAAGCUCUCUGAAUGAGGAAUACACCAGGAGCAGAGAGGAGUACGAGGAGGCCCAGAACGCCAUUGUCAAAGAGAUCAUCAACAUCGCCUCAGGUUACGUGGAUCCUCUUCAAACGUUGAGUGACGUCAUCGCACAGCUGGACGCCGUGGUGAGCUUUGCCGUGGCCUCGGUGUCUGCUCCGGUGCCGUACGUGCGGCCCCGACUCCUGGAUGACGGCUGCAGGCGCCUGGAGCUGCUGCAGGCCAGACAUCCUUGCAUGGAGACAGAUGCAGAUACCGCUUUCAUACCCAAUGACAUCAUAUUCGUUCAGGGGGAGAAGAGCUUUUAUAUUAUAACAGGGCCAAAUAUGGGUGGAAAGUCUACCUUUAUCCGGCAGGUGGGUUUGAUCGCACUGAUGGCUCAGAUCGGCUGCUUUGUGCCAUGUGAGAAGGCGGAGCUCAGUGUGAUUGACAGCGUCCUGGCCAGAGUGGGAGCAGGAGACAGCCAGGUGAAGGGAGUGUCCACCUUCAUGUCUGAGAUGUUGGAAACUGCUGCCAUCCUGCGGUCUGCCACGGAAAACUCCCUCAUCAUUAUCGACGAGCUCGGCCGUGGAACCUCUACGUACGACGGCUUUGGGCUGGCCUGGGCCAUCAGUGAACACAUCGCCUCCAAAAUCGGCUGCUUCUGCCUCUUCGCAACGCACUUCCACGAGCUGACGGCCCUGGCAGCGCAGCAGCCGACCGUCCACAAUCUGCACGUCACCGCCCUGACGUCCCACAACACGCUAACAAUGCUCUACAGAGUCAAACCAGGUGUUUGUGACCAGAGUUUUGGGAUCCACGUUGCUGAGCUGGCUUGCUUCCCUCAGUCAGUGCUGGCGGUGGCAAGGGACAAGGCGGAGGAGCUGGAGGAGUUCCAGGAACCAGUAGGGGAUGAUCCAAACCAGGCGGAAGAGCCAGAGGCCAAGAGGAGACGAACUGAGAAGCAGGUGGGAGAAAAUCUGAUCCAGGACUUUCUGCUGAAGGUUAAGGCACUCCCUGUUGCUACCAUGUCUGAGGAGGAGGUGAAAGCGGAAAUCAAGAGAUUAAAGGAUGAUUUGGUGUCCAAAAACAACACGCACAUAACUGAGAUACUCGCUCGCUGCGCUCCUGUGAAAACUGCCUGAUUGUUCUUUUGUUUCUGUU